CUCACGUGAUUGUGCCUCCGAAGGCGGAGACUUGCGAUAAAGAUGGCGGCUUACUUGCAAUGGCGCCGCUUCGUAUUUUUUGACAAGGAACUAGUAAAGGAUUCUGCGGGUGGCGAUGGGACCGGACCUGGACCCGCGCCUGGAUCGGGGGCAACAAAACCUCUCAGUCUCCCGCCAGGCAUCACUGUCUGCGAUUCAGGCAGGGGGAGCUUGGUCUUUGGGGACAUGGAAGGACAGAUCUGGUUCCUGCCCCGCUCCCUGCAGCUCACGGGCUUUCAGGCAUACAAACUCCGGGUAACCCACCUAUAUCAGCUGAAACAGCACAAUAUCCUGGCAUCUGUGGGAGAGGACGAAGAGGGGAUCAAUCCUUUGGUGAAAGUCUGGAAUCUGGAGAAGAGAGAUGGUGGGAAUCCCCUCUGCACUCGAAUCUUCCCUGCCAUUCCAGGGUCAGAGCCAACUGUAGUGUCCUGUUUGACAGUUCAUGAAAAUCUCAAUUUCAUGGCUAUUGGCUUUACAGAUGGUAGUGUUACCCUUAAUAAAGGUGAUAUCACAAGGGACCGGCAUAGCAAGACCCAGAUUUUGCACAAGGGUAGCUAUCCUGUCACUGGGCUGGCCUUCCGACAGGCAGGCAAGACUACCCACUUAUUUGUGGUGACAACAGAGAAUGUGCAGUCUUAUACUCUGUCUGGAAAGGACUACCCUCGGAUAGAGUUAGAUACCCAUGGCUGUGGCCUGCGCUGCUCAGCCCUAAGUGAUCCUUCCCAGGACCUGCAGUUUAUUGUUGCUGGGGAUGAGUGUGUUUACUUAUAUCAGCCUGAUGAGCGUGGCCCUUGCUUUGCCUUUGAGGGCCAUAAGCUCAUUGCCCACUGGUUCCGUGGCUACCUUGUUAUUGUUUCCCGGGACCGCAAGAUUUCACCCAAGUCAGAGUUCACGAACAGGGAUUCCCAGAGCUCUGACAAGCAAAUCCUCAACAUCUAUGAUCUUUGCAACAAGUUCAUUGCCUACAGCUCUGUCUUUGAGGAUGUGGUAGAUGUGCUGGCUGAGUGGGGCUCUUUAUACGUGCUGACUCGGGAUGGGCGAGUCCAUGUGCUUCAGGAAAAGGACACUCAGACUAAACUGGAGAUGUUGUUCAAAAAGAAUCUGUUUGAGAUGGCAAUCAACUUGGCCAAAAGCCAGCACCUUGAUAGUGAUGGACUGGCACAGAUUUUCAUGCAGUAUGGAGACCACCUCUACAGCAAAGGCAACCAUGAUGGUGCUGUCCAGCAGUAUAUCCGAACCAUUGGAAAGUUGGAGCCAUCCUAUGUGAUCCGAAAAUUCUUAGAUGCUCAGCGCAUCCACAAUCUUACUGCCUAUCUACAAACCCUGCACCGGCAGUCACUGGCUAAUGCUGACCAUACCACCCUGUUGCUUAAUUGCUACACGAAGCUCAAGGACAGUUCCAAGCUAGAGGAAUUCAUAAAGACGAAGAGUGAAAGUGAAGUACACUUUGAUGUAGAAACAGCUAUCAAGGUCCUUCGGCAGGCUGGCUACUACUCCCAUGCCCUGUACUUGGCUGAGAACCAUGCUCAUCAUGAGUGGUACCUGAAGGUCCAGCUAGAGGACAUCAAGAACUACCAGGAAGCAUUGCAGUAUAUCGGAAAGCUGCCCUUUGAGCAAGCAGAAAGCAACAUGAAGCGGUACGGCAAGAUUCUCAUGCAUCAUGUCCCAGAACAAACCACCCAGCUGCUAAAGGUCCUGUGUACUGACUAUCGGCCCUGUGCAGAGGCUGCUGCUGAUGUUGAUGGGCCUGGCUGCAGGGCCAAUUCAGAGGAAUUCAUUCCUAUUUUUGCCAACAACCCCCGGGAACUGAAGGCCUUCCUAGAGCAUAUGACUGAAGUACAGGCUGACUCUUCCCAGGGUGUCUAUGAUACUCUACUAGAGCUGAGACUGCAGAAUUGGGCACAUGAGAAGGACUCUCAGGUUAAGGAGAAGCUGCAUGGGGAGGCGCUCUCUCUCCUGAAGAGUGGCCACUUUUCCAGUGUCUUCGAUAAGGCUUUGGUUCUCUGCCAGAUGCAUGAUUUCCAAGAUGGGGUCCUAUACCUGUAUGAGCAGGGAAAGCUGUUUCAGCAAAUUAUGCAUUACCACAUGCAGCAUGAACAGUAUCGACAAGUGAUCGCUGUCUGUGAAAGGCAUGGGGAGCAGGAGCCCUGUCUGUGGGAGCAGGCUCUCAGCUACUUUGCCAGAAAGGAGGAAGACUGCAAGGAAUAUGUUGCUGCUGUCCUCAAACACAUUGAGAGCAAGAACCUCAUGCCACCCCUUUUAGUGGUGCAGACCUUGGCUCACAAUUCUACAGCUACCUUGUCUGUCAUCAAAGACUAUUUGGUACAGAAACUUCAAAAGCAGAGUCAGCAGAUUGAGAAAGAUGAGCUUCGGGUUCGAAGGUACCGGGAAGAAACUACUCGAAUACGCCAGGAGAUCCAGGAGCUGAAGACCAGCCCAAAGAUCUUCCAGAAAACCAAGUGCAGUAUAUGUACCAGUGCCCUGGAGCUACCCUCUGUCCACUUCCUGUGUGGCCAUUCAUUCCACCAACACUGUUUUGAGAGCUACUCAGAAAGUGAUGCUGACUGCCCCACCUGCCUCCCUGAGAACCGCAAAGUUAUGGACAUGAUCCGAGCCCAAGAGCAAAAGCGGGAUUUGCACGAUCAAUUUCAGCAUCAGCUCAAGUACUCUAAUGACAGCUUCUCUGUUAUUGCUGACUACUUUGGACGUGGUGUUUUCAACAAGUUGACUCUGCUGACUGAUCCACCAGUGGGCAGAGUGGGCACCAGCCUGGAGGCUGGACUGCAGCGAGAUCUGCUCAUGCACUCAAAACGGGGUACCUAAGGACAUUUGGACAGAAGAAUGACAUUGUAAAGGCAGAUCAAGCAUGGAUAGAAGAGGAUACAAAAACCAAGAGGCUUCAGGGGCUAAUUCUGCGUCAAGGCUUUUAUGAACAAAGAUGCUUCUCUGAUGGGCAGUCCCAUUGAAUUAAUGUGAAGAGCAAUUGCUCUUUCCCCCAUCUAUGACUUCAUAACAAUUAGAAGUGAAGAUUUGCUAUCUUGAUGUCUUCUUUCCCUUUCCAUAGCCUUCCCCUUCCCACUGCUGACUGCUCUUAGCAGAGAAAGAUGUCCUUAUGGUAACCACUGGGGUGGCUGGAGGCUACCCAAGUAAGCCUUCAGCAUACAUGGAUCUUAACUACUCUCUUUGCCCAGAGCAUUAGCCUCUGCUUGAGUCUGAGCAUCCAGUUUGUAAAAUAAAAAGACUUGGAAGAAAGAUGAUUUAUUUGGGGUCUUCCUGGCCCUUCCUGCAGUACCUGCCCAGUGUUCUUGUCCCACCUCUUGCAGACACAUCUUUUCCCAGAGAUACUCUUGAAAGGCUUGGUGCUGUGCUAACUCAUUCCUUUGCUUGGGGGGCUCUUGGCUUCUUAAGUGAUAGGCAAAGCUUGAGGUCCAGAGUUUUCCAGAAACUAGCACCUAAGAAAACUCUUGCCCUGUUCCUCUGCAACUAUUUCAGGAAUCAUUCCCAUCCUUAGCGAUCCUUUGGAGCUGAGGCUGUGGCCAUGGGGUAGAUGUUGUGUUGGUUGCCCACUGAAAUGGAAGGGAGAGGGAUGCAUAGAGAAUAAAUGGUUAUUAAAAAUUCUAUAAUUGGGGGCAGUAGAUUGAGAGGCCCAGAGAUGGGGGUCCUGGGUUCAAAUCUAGCCUCUGAUACUUCCUAGCUGUGUGACCCUGGGCAAGUCACUUGACCCCCAUUGCCUAGCCCUUACUGCUCUUUUGCCUUAGAACCAAUACAUAGUAUUGAUUCUAAGAUAGAGGUAGGGUUUUUAAAAAAAUUAUAUAAUCCCUCUUUGAAGGGGUCAGUUUAAAUUUGUGCUGUGAUAGGAAAAUGGAGCUGCUGUUACUGCAUCCUGUCAAUAUUAACAAAGCUGCAAAUGAGUUGCAUUUAGGUGAGUAUUGUAUGCUGGUUUUGGGGGUGGGGUGCAUCAUAGUAUAGAAGAGGGAAUACCAACCUAGAAGUCAGAAGACGGGAAGUUCUGGCUGGCUGUACCACUUCACUGGCCCUGUUUUCCAUUGUCAAAGUAGAUAGCACUGGGGCUAGAGUCAAGAAGAUCUGAAUUAAAAUCUUUCCUUAGACAUUAUAACUGGGCAAGUCACAACCUCUGCUUCAGUUUCAUCAAUUGUAAAAUGGGUAUAAUCACGUACUUUCCAGGGGGAUUGUGAAUAUCAGUGAGAUAUUUGUAAAGCACUUAGCACAAUGCCUGGCAUGUGGUAGGCACUUAAUAAAUCCUUGUUUCUUUUCAUCUUCCUUCUCUCUUUCCUUCCCUCACACUCAUCUUGGACAAGUUAUCCAACCCUUUUAAAGCAGCAUAACAAUAGAAAGACCCUUGGCCUUGUCAAAUUUCUUUUUAGACUUGAAGAGAAUAAUUUUAUCUUCCUUUUUAAAAAGGGGGAUAAUUAUCCUUCAAUUAAAAAAAAUUAAAUGGAAAAGUGCUUAUGUAAAUGUUAAGAGUUGGAAAGUAAGGUGGCAGCUAAGUGGCUCAGUGGAUUGAAAGCCAGGCCUGGAGAGAAGAGGUCCUAGGUUCAAAUUUGACCUCAAGACUUACUAGCUGUGACUCUGGGCAAGUCACAACCCCCAUUGAGCAGCCCUUACUGCUCUUCUGCCUUGGAACCAAUACUCAGUAUUGAUUCUAAAAUGGAAAGUAAGACUAUAAAAAAAAUGGCUUAAAAGCCAUCCAAUCUUACCUGACCAUCUUAAAUUUAAUAUAUCCAAAACAACUCAUCUUUCUUCCCAAACCCUUUUCUCUUUCAAGUCACAUAAUUUCUGAUAAAGUGGGCACCAAGAGCCUUCCAUUUUCCCUGUUUGAAAACCAAUAUUAUUCUUGGCUCAUCCCACAUAGCCAGUUGGUUACCAGAUUUCAGUUUUUACCUUCACAAUAUCACUUGCAUCUUAUCCUUCUCUUCACUCAGCUACUACCCAGUUCAGGUUAUUGCCUUGUAUCUACUUUAUUGUAACAGCCUCCUAGUAAGGGUAGAUUUGAUCUUGUGACUCCCCUAUUCAACAUCAGAGAGGCCUCUAGGAUUUAAAAAAAAACAACAAAAAAAAACUUUUGAUUUUUAAAGUCCUUAACCUGGCUCCAACCUAUCUAGUCUCACUGGGACAUUACCUCUUUCAACUCUGAUUCAUCCAAACUGGCCUUCCCUCUUCCUCACACAUUCAGUACAAAAUUUCCUGCCUCUGCCUUUUCUCUGUCUUCCAGUGCAACUUCUACAAUGUUCUCCCUCAUGUCAGCCUUGGAUCUUUUCCCUGUAGAUGCAGCUCAAACACACUUGUGCAUAAGCUCAUUAUUCCCUCCUCAAUUAACUUUUGAGUGCCCACUCUACUUCUGUUUUUAAUCUUGUGUUGUGUGGUAUAUUUAUACAUGUUCCCUGAAUUAGACUAUUUCAUCUUUUGUACUUGUGUUCCCAGUGACUAAAACAUAAUAAGCACUUAAUAAAAGGUUGAAUACUAUUUUGCUACAAAA